AUGCGUCGCCUGCUGCCGCCAUGCUGGCGCCUGAGUUGCACGAACAUCUGUGGCGGAGAGUUCAGCUCCAGACUCAUCGAAGCCAACACGUUGUUCGUCAAGGAGGCGUCUUCGCCGGCCGAGGAUGUGCUGACCCGCUGCCCGCCGGGCGUCUCCGUGAGGCCUCUGAACAGCAUACACCUGGACACCGUCAAGCGUUUCUGGCCGUACACCGCGGUUACCCCCGAUGCCGACGGUGUGAUGCGCGACGGCAUGACGGUGGGCCUCAGCGUCGGCGUGUUCGUCGCCGUCGACAAUGACGUGGCGUCAUCACCUGACGGCGAGCUCGUCUGCUGGGUGCUGCUCAACAGAAACGCGUUUCUGGGCUUCCUGCACACGCUGGAGUCGCACCGGCGACGAGGCCUGGCGCGGCUGGCGAUGGCCGAGCUCACACGGCUCUUCCUGCAGCGCCGCCUGCCCUGCCUGGUCGCAACCGCCGUGCCGUCCGUGAUGAACAUGAUGAAACCGCUAGGCUACAGUUCGGUCUGCAACGUGUUCUGGGCGCAAGUCUAUCCAGCAGAAGUCGGUGCGACGCAAGAAACAGUGUAAGAUGAUGGCGUCCAGCAGCCGGGCGGUCCGACGAAAACGUCAUCGUAGCGCGUAUAACUGCCGGUCAAAAUUUAUAAAUACAAGCUUUGAAGCGUCUAUAUAUAUAUAUAUAUAUAUAUAUAUAUAUAUAUAUAUAUAUAUAUAUAUAUAUAUAUGGAUAUUAACAUGAUUAACAGCUGACGGUCUGGGUUUUAAUAGUGGGAAUGGAAGCGAGGCUGGGUGUGAUUUGGCCAGACGACGGAAGGCCACUCGCGCUCGGCUUAGGUGGCAUGUUGUCCGAAGC